CUACCUACCUUACUCAAGAGGAGGGAUUAAAUAAAAAAAAAAAGUUAAAAAAAAGUCAGAACUAAUUAAUCAAACGAAAGUACUAUCCUUCCCUCUCCCCUUCGGUGCAAGACCCGAGAUGUGCACGGGCACGUGCUGGGUAUACGGGUGCCGGCGGUGCGGGGGCACGGUGCACAAGGACACGAGCGUGGCGGGGCACACGUGCAAGACGGCGCGGCGGAACCGGAGCCGCGGGUGCUGCCGGACGGGCGUCGAGUACACGUACUACGGCAAGAGGUCCGAGGAGCUGUGCGCCAUGUGCGAGCUUGUCGGGGAAGUGGAGGCGUACUUGUCUGGGGGGGAGAUGGGAGGUGAUGUUGGUGGUGGGGGAGAUGAGGACGAGGAAGGAGGGGCUUCGUUAAGUGAGGGUGGAGAAGAAGAAGAAGAAGAUGGAGGAGGAGAAGAGGAUAGGUCUGAUGAUGACGACGAUGAUGAUGAAGAGGACCCGAGUGCGGAGGAUGGAGGCGUCAAGUUAAGCCCCUGAGACCUUUCGAAAAAAGAAAGAAGGGUCCGAAAGGUCCCCGCGAGCGAAGCUUCCCUAACUCCAAACAGAGGAGUUGGUUGUGUGGUGAUGUGCAACGGGUAAUAUGCAGAGAAAGGGUUAGACUGGACACGCAGAUAAAGGGGCAUACCUAAUCAUAUAUGUUCCCC